AUGGCACCUUUAAAGGCCUCUCAGAGCCCUCCUAGCGGCUACACAUCGACCAGCGACCAGUCUGAAUUGAUCGAGUUUGGAGACUUCCAAAACCCCCCUGCCAAACGAAGGCGCAUCUCGAUCGACACUGACAUCAGCCACGACGACGACAAAGUCCGAACCACGUCUGAGCCAACCUCAUUAUCAAGAGUGAAGCCUCCCACGCAAGGCCCUAGGAAUCAUUUGGUGCCGCCGUCCCACUCGAUACCGACGACCUCCGCUACUUUCGAGAGCCUAAACAUUGCGCCAUGGUUGACACAUUCGCUAGCUGCAAUGGCCAUUUUGCAUCCCACAGAAAUCCAACGAGCAUGCAUCCCAGAGAUAAUGCAGGGAAGAGACUGCAUUGGUGGGUCGAGGACCGGUACGGGCAAGACAGUAGCAUUCGCGGUGCCGAUUCUACAGAAGUGGGCAGAGGAUCCUUUCGGCAUAUAUGCCGUCGUUCUCACUCCAACUCGAGAACUUGCCCUACAAAUCUAUGAACAGUUCCAGGCGCUCGGCACGCCACAGGGAUUGAAGACGGUCUUGAUCACUGGCGGUAGUGACAUGAGGCCGCAAGCUGUGGCGCUAUCGAAACGACCACAUAUUGUUGUUGCAACACCAGGUCGGCUAGCUGAUCAUAUCCUAAACUCGGGGGAAGAAACAGUUGUCGGGCUAAAACGGGCCAAAGCAGUGGUCUUGGAUGAGGCCGACAGAUUGCUUGACCCAGGGUCUGGUAUGCUGCCAGACCUUAACACUUGUCUUUCCGCCCUGCCGCCGGCUUCCUCCCGGCUGACGCUUCUGUUCACGGCCACCGUUACCCCAGAAGUUCGUGCAUUGAAAGAGUUGCCACGGCCGGAGGGCCGCCUACCGGUUUUUGUCUCCGAGAUCACAGACCUGUCCGAUUCUUCCAUUGCGUCCAGUCUACUUCCCACAAGUUUAUCACAAACCUAUCUUCAAACCCCAAUGACCCACAAAGACGCCUUUUUACACGUACUCCUCACCGUGCCUUCGUUCACCAAGGUACCAGAGCCUAGUAUCAUCGUGUUUGUCAAUAGAACCUCUACUGCUGACAUCCUCCACCGGACACUGUUGUCACUGGGGCAUCCUGUUACCGCGUUGCAUUCUGAGCUGGCGCAGAUUCAACGGAAUCGCAAUCUCUCUGAUUUCCGGGCUCGAAAGUCCCGGGUACUCAUUGCAACGGACGUCGCAUCAAGAGGCCUCGAUAUUCCAGAAGUCAAUAUCGUCAUCAACUACGACGUCCCUCGCAACCCCACAGACUAUGUGCACCGGGUCGGGCGUACCGCAAGGGCGGGAAGGCGGGGUACGAGCGUUACCUUCGUCGGCCAGCGGGACGUGGCUUUGGUCCAUGCGAUCGAAGAGUACGUGGGGGCAAAGAUGGAUGAAUGGACUGAAGAAGGGGUCAACGUCGAGACCAGAGUAGUCCGAGGGAGGACGUUGAAGGACGUCGCAGAAGCGAAGAUGGAAGCUUUGCGAGAUGUUGAGGGAGGGAAGGAUGUCAAUGGCUGGAGAAGGAAGAUCAAGAAAGACAGGAAACGCGUGUUGGAGGUGUGA